GCUGCUCGUCAUCCUCGCCUUUCACUGCAACUCCAUCGCCGAGCGGACUAGCCCGCUGCUCUCAUCCGAGACCUCAGCGCAGACUGUCGGAUCUCCUAAACCACCAUCGCCGGCUCCCUGAAAAGCCUCCAGCUCGCGUACAAAUGCAAGCUAUCAAAUGUGUGGUGGUCGGCGACGGGGCUGUGGGUAAGACCUGUCUGCUGAUUAGCUACACCACCAAUGCCUUCCCUGGUGAAUACAUCCCCACUGUCUUUGACAACUACUCUGCUAAUGUGAUGGUGGAUGGGAAACCAGUGAAUCUGGGCCUUUGGGAUACAGCAGGACAGGAGGACUACGAUAGGCUCAGACCACUGUCUUACCCACAGACGGAUGUGUUCUUGAUAUGCUUCUCCCUGGUCAGUCCGGCCUCCUUUGAGAACGUCCGAGCUAAGUGGUACCCUGAGGUGAGACACCAUUGCCCCAACACACCUAUUAUCCUGGUGGGCACUAAACUGGAUUUGCGAGAUGACAAGGACACCAUUGAGAGGCUGCGAGACAAGAAGCUCUCGCCCAUCACCUACCCGCAGGGCCUGGCCAUGGCAAGAGAGAUUGGGGCUGUGAAGUACCUGGAGUGCUCUGCACUGACCCAGCGAGGCCUGAAGACGGUAUUUGACGAGGCCAUCCGAGCCGUGCUCUGCCCUCCGCCAGUGAAGAAGAGGGGGAAAAGGUGCACCAUGUUCUGAGGAGGAAACACUACUAUAACACUACACUACAUCACCAUGAACAACAACCACUACUUCUCUGAGAGGAUGAGAGAGAAAACUAGCGAGAGUGAGUGUGCACUGCUGAGAUUGCUUUCUUUAUAUCGAUGUUUUUUCAAAGCAAUAUUGGUAACAAGACCAAUAUUUAAUCUGAUUUUUUUUACCAUUACUGAAUAGUUCAUAGGUUCUGAAAGACAUUGACUGUCCACCUACUUUGUACUCAUAGAACCACAUCAAGUUGCCAUGAGGGCUGACAAAGGUUUCUAUUACUCGUCUUCAUACUGUAACAUCUCUUCUUUCUCAGCCACGCUUGCUUGAAUUAUGCAGUGUUGACUAGAUAGAAAGUGAACUACGAAUAUGCCUUCAGGUCGGAAGUUACCCUUAGCUUCUGAUCUAAGAUCAGCAUUCAGAAACAAAAUACUGCUGCCCGCAUUGAUGAAAUUUCACAUAUUGAGCAUGACUCUAAAAUAGUGUGGUUCCGCUCCAAGAAAUGAGAAUGAUAAGUUGAAGGGCAAUUCCCAGUUUGUGACUAUACAGCCUCAAGUUGUUUUUGUAGAUUCAGCCAUCAUUAACUAUUGUCUAUGAUAGCAUUGUGCUCGCCAGAUCAAUUGUUGAGAUCUCCUCGAAGCAAACGUCCAGGUUAGCCUAACUCAUUUGGAAGAGAAAAUGAAGGCAAACAACAAGGAUGGAGGAGCCCGGUGUCAAAAUCUAGUGUUAAGACCUUUAAUAUAAAACCAAACCACUGUAAGACAGGAAACAAGGGGGCCUCAAUAGGGUGCCCACACCUCACGUUUGCCCCUGGGCCCACUAGUAGGUCAACCCAGCCCUGAUGCUAUUAACAUAAGGCCCCCCCAUAAGGGCUUUAAGGUGGCUUUAUGACCUUAUCUUGAGGCACUGUCUUGAAGAGGGUCCCUUUGUCAACAUCUAGUGUCAAGACCUUCAUUGUUUCAGUUUUGUGCUAAUAUGUUCCGUAUUCCCUGAUAAAUGUCUUGAAUCAAAUUACCACACAGAAAAUCUUGGACCAGGUAGUAUUGUAGGUUAGAAAAGCUGUAACACUGGACAAAGUCAAAGGAGUGGUGCUCAACAGCUCAUUUUUCCCUUAACCUACUAGGUUAUCUUAACCUAGUAGGUUAAGCUGGGCAUAGCCAACUCUAACAGUUGUGUGACUGCUUGUGUUUCUUGCCCUUUUGGACAUUUCAGCAAAUACUUGUGAUGACUACAGAGUUGUUGGUACUUGUUGGAAUGAUGGAAAAAACUAAAACAAUCCUCUGAAAGGUUUAUAUGGAAGAGACCUAGCACAAUAUUGAAAUAGCAACCAAAAGUAAGAGCAGAAACUUUUAACUACAGUGAGUCUAAACAUUUAAUUUUAAUUUAAUGUUUAAUCUAAAAAUCACACAUUUCUUUAUUUUUGGCUUUUCUAUUUUAGCCUUGCACACAUUCCUGAAGGCUCAUUCUGGACCCUUUGAAUACUGCUUUGACAAAAGAAUUCUUAUCACAAUCUCUACUAACUUGGUUUUACUGGAGAUGUCAGCCACAGCUUGUUGCUUUCAUCACCGUAAGAGUUCACUCAGUCGAGGACUAAGAGAUGUUGCUGAAAAAUGCUAUUUACCAGGUCAAGAAUUAAUAUUCAAGCUUGAAUGGUAAUAAUAGUUUGACAAAACAAUCUUAACUUAAGGUCCACUUAUUAUCUUUUUCAGAAGAUUUUAACCACAUCUCAUGGUCUUCAUCAACGAAGACUUUGAGAUCAAAACUUCUCUGGGUCAGUCACUGAGUCAUCUUAGCUAAUGAAGCCCACGGGAUGUGGUUAAAGGCUCUGGAGAGCAAGCAAGAAAGUGGACUUUUUUGUUUAAUUACCUGCUUUUUGAAAUUGAAACAUUUUCCUGGUGGAAAUGGUGCGUCCAGUCUGUGCUAUCCUUUUUUCAACACUUGUGUUGUUACUUUCGACAAAAAAAUCUGAUCUUGGUCAAGGGUCUUUGGGUAACUUUAUCUAACUAUGAACACGUGACAGAUGAGCAUGCCAAACAUGGGGGCUGUAAAACCUUGCUGCCUGAGUUCUGCCUCUGGGGGUGGAGGAGCUUGCAUGGGUCUUAAAAUAUUCUGUCUUAAUUUAUCCCAUUGUUUUGAUCUUGUUUCUGUUCCUGUGUGUGUGUGUGUUUGUGUGUGUGUGUGUGUGUGUGUGUGUGUGUGUGUGUGUGUGUGUGUGUGUGUGUGUGUGUGUGUUUGAGUGAGUGUUUGUCAUAGGCGUGUAUAUGAACGUUGCUGCUUGUCUGUUUGAACAAGCAGGUGUCGGUAUCAGUGAGACAGUGUUGUUUGACAGUUUGGGAUAGUGCAUAAAAGACAGUAUCGUUUUAAGCCAAGUUUUUAGUGUCCAGUUUUUGGUACUAUUUCAUAUUGUAUUGUAGGAAUACACAAGACUUUUCAACACUCUGUGGACAUAAAGAAAGAAAAAAUGGGUAUCAAUGACAUCUAGUGAUGUACAGAAUAAUCCUUAGAAAAGGAAUGCAUUAUGAAUAUCUAUUUACACGUACCUGAAUAUUUAGCUCUUAAAAUUCAAACUAAAGGGAUUAUAGUUGCUCAUGUUGAAGUUAGAAGUGUUGCUAACAGUGUACAAUAAAGGGGCCAAUCUUUGUGGAGUUUGUCAUCGUGGCAAACAGUGCAGAUUGCACCUUUAUGACAUGAAUUUCUGUAUGGUUGCAGGCCUGCAGUGUGUCUGUCUCCCUCAUGGGGUGAGAAACAGCACUGCAGUCUACUCUGUCUUGCUCUCUUUGGUUGGCAUAGCAAACUGUGGUUGAAUCAUGUCAUGUGGUCCUGGCUAGCUAAAGUGUUGAAAUGUAGCUGAGAAAUGCAGCAAAAAAUUCUAAUCUACUAUUGCAUGGAAGUUCUAUGGUUAUUUGACCCACUGUAAUUCUUAGGAGAGGUUGUGUGUUGAAAUGCAUUGGCCAUGUACGUAUGUAAUGUAAGAUGACUUGUAUACUUGUUUUAACUGUUUGUCUUAUUUUUUAUUACUUCACGUUUGUGUGGUGA